AUGAAUGUGUAUUCAGAACUGAAGAAGCCAACUCACAGCCCGCGCCAAAGCCAGACUUUAUAUCUCUCUCCGCUCCCGAUUCAAACAGAUCUCAACGGCGCGGAAACCCAUCUAACGGCCGUUGGCUGCAAAUUGCACGGCGCCGAGGCCGCCGUGCCGAUACAAUCAGAGACGCCUAUGCCGGAAUGA